AUCACAGGCAACUGGGAGGGUGGCAUCGUCAACCCCCUACCUCGCAGCAUUGCAUCGGCAACGCGGACCUCCGGCUCUCCAAGUGGACGGCUCAUCUAUCUGAAGGCGAGAUGCACCCUGAGAUGAUGGGCGUUUAGGUGCGCGGGUACGCUACCGGACGGUAGCACCGAGAGAUCUAAGAGAUCCCAGAAUCCCAUCCUCAGAUUCCUUGCUGGCAUAUCCGGCGCUGUGCCAAUGGCGGUUAGCCGCCCUAUGGAUGGGAGUUGAAAGCUUGAGUUUGAAAUCCGUCAGAGAGAUAACCUUCCAUCCGUCUCAACCGAACCGUUGAGCUGUUCGUUUCUUUUCUUCUUUUCGUCUUUCCAAGUUCACUUUAGCGCGGGUCAUAUCCUUCCGCCAGCAAGCCUUCCCCAGCGCCCCUUCGUUCUGUUUUGCUACAUCUAGACACCAAGGACAGAGCAGUGCUCUAUAUCGAUACGGACACACAACAGCAUAUAAACUUUGCGUCAAAUUCCACAUCGGUCUACUCCCAUCUUCAAAGACUUUCACCAUCAUGUCGUCCGAAAAAUCGCCUUCCACCUCCGAGAUCUUCGAAGAUGCCUCGCGAGACAAGCAUCUGCAGAACAAGCUACGCACCGUCCGUAUUCUGGACAGCGUUCAAACAGCCAUCACUCUCUUGGGCCUCCUGAUGGGCCUUACCGUACUCGGGGUCUCGGCCAACACUCUCUCAGUUUACGAUUCCACCAAGCCUCUACCGGGGUCUUUCCUGUCCCUCUGGCCUCAGGAGUUUAACAUCCGACCAACCGUGGCCCUGGUCGCCGGCAGCGCCAUCAUCACUGUCCUCCACAUGGUUGCCUUGGUCUUUGCCAAGGUACAAUUCCUUCGCACAACCUCAACUGCCCAAGUCUCUCUAUCCUUUGCGCUCCCCUUCUUCUCCCUCGUCGCCGCUCUCAUUGCCGUCAUCUUCUUCUACUCCGUCAACGCCUCUGACUCUGUCGAUACCUUUUUGUCCUGGACCUGCCGGUGGCGUGCGGUUCCCAUGUGGACGCAGCCUAACUGGGGAACUCUGUGCAAGCAGAGCAAGGCGGGCAUCUACCUGUCCAUCCUGCUGAUCCCCGUGGAAGCUGGUGCGCUGGCGUUGAGCGGGUGGUUGCUAAAGGAGAGAAACUACGUAGAGAGAUAUGUCAAUGCCAGGAAGAGUCCUGCUCUUUCUUAGGCGGUGGUGUGUUUUGGUGACAGACGGUACUGUAAUAUUACAUGUGUUAAUCUCAUUGAUGGUCAAGGUACGGGUUGGCAUCCCUUGGCAAUGAAACGGUUACGGAUCAAGGGUUUAAUGAGCAGGGUGGGUUUUGCUGGAAAAGAGAGGCAUCGGAAACCUGUAAAUCGAUAUGAACAUGCUUAGGAACAAUCAUGACGGCUUGGAAAUCCUCAAGUGUCAACUCUGACUCGUUAAGAUCGUUGAUGAUUCACGGUACUGCAUGUGUAACGUACGGUAAUGCAUCAAUGAAGCUAUGGCAUAGAUAAUGGACACUCUUCGCACUGUGUAACUUUACCGCUUACUUGGAAAACUACGACAGUGUUGGAUCUCAC